AUGGAUCACGGCGCCACAGACAAGUUUGGAAACCGGAAAUGGGAGCUGCAGCAGCUCAAGUCGAUUGUCUGCAAAUGGCAGAAUUUCAUGCACGACAAUCACGGCUGGAACGCGAUCUAUCUUGAGAAUCACGACCAGGGCCGCUCCGUGUCGCGAUUCGCCUCGGACCAUCCGGAGUAUCGCGAAGUGUCGGCAAAGCUGUUGGCAACGCUGCUGGGGUGCCAGAGUGGCACCCUCUUUGUGUAUCAGGGGCAGGAGCUGGGGAUGCCGAAUGUCCCGCAGGAUUGGCCGCUCGAUAAUUACCGCGACAUUGAGACGCUGAACCACUGGAAGGAAUUGACCGCUCGCCACCCAGACAACCCCCACCUGCACGAGGCAGCGCUGGCCGAGUAUCGCCUCAAGUCGCGCGAUAAUUCACGUACCCCCAUGCAGUGGGACGACUCCCCCAACGCGGGCUUCUCCGUGGGCACCCCCUGGAUCCCGGUGCAGAGCAACUACACAACGCUCAACGCCGCGGCGCAGGCCCGCGACCCGGGGAGCGUGUACUGGUAUUGGUCGAAGAUGCUCGCGCUACGCAAGGAGUACCUGGACACGCUGGUGUAUGGCUCCUUUGCACUUGUGGACCCUGAUAAUCGCGAGGUGUUCGCGUUUGUGCGGAGCCCUCCAGCCGGCUCUUCUUGCCGACGCCGGGCGCUGAUCGUCCUUAAUUUUCGCCCAGAUGAGGUCAGCUGGACAGUGCCUCCAAAGGCUAUUUCCAGUCCGGGGCGAGUGGUGCUGUCCAACUACCCUGAGCGGGCUGGCACCGCGCUGGAACCGCUGGGGUCGGUUGUGCUGCGGCCGAUGGAGGCAAUUGUGUAUUUGGUCGAGACCGAGAGUUAG